CCGGAAGCAGCCGCCGUAUUGGCUGGCGAGCAAAGAAAGGGGGGCCCCGUCAAAGUAUCGGUCGUUGGCAGUGGUGGCCCUAACAACAAACCGUGGCGCAGAGAACGUAUCGGCAUGACGGAGCCGGACUCUGACGAUGAUGCAUUCCUUACAGGUGGCGAUAGCUCCUCCCGGCCGGUUCGCGAUGGCGUUGCGGUUUGUUCACAGAAACGGGCACUAUUUGUGACAGCAAUAGUCCUUGGCACAUUGCUAGCAACGGCCCUAGUGAUAGCGUAUGCCGGUCCACAAACAGUAUGCCCGUGUGCCGGGAAAAUACCACCCGGGUACGUGCCCGACGGUUACAACAGUUCGGAACCAUUUCAACCGAUCGCAACCAACGGUCAGCCGUUUCCUUGGCUACUACCAACGUUACCGAACAAUGUCAAGCCAAACCGGUACAUUCUAACCAUACAUCCCAAUCUAACGACGCUGGACGUAAAAGGCCAGGUGUCGAUAGAGCUGUACGUGGAGAAGGAAACGAAUUUCGUGGUGCUGCACGCACAGGAUCUCAACAUUACCGAGAAGGCACUGGUGGGACCGAAAGGAUUUGCAUUGAAAAUUCUUCGCAUGCUUGAGUACACUCCGCGCCAACAGCUGUACAUCGAGACGCGGGAAAAGCUGAGGAAAAAGGCAAACUACACGCUCAGCAUACGAUGGCACUCGAAAAUGAUUCUUGAUCAGUUCGAAGGAGAUUUCGACAUGAAAAAGACAUUAGCUGCAACAGUUCUGAAGCCGGGUAGCACCAGGAAAGCGUUUCCAUGUUUUGAUGAACCACAUCUGAGAGCAGCAUUUAAGAUAUCCCUGUUCCGGGAUCGGUUCCACAUAGGCUUGUCAAACUCGAUUGUACAGGAUACGGACGAUGUUGGCUUUUACAUGGGAACGGGAUUGCUUCGAGAUGAUUUUGCCGAAACACCACCGCUUCCACCAGAUUCCGUCUCGUGGGUCAUCAGUGACUUUAAGCGUGAGCUGCUUGAGCCAUCCGCAAAGUAUCAAAAGGUCAACUCAAGCACCAACGGUGGUUCCGGAGCAGGCACGGGAAAACUUUCCGCUGGCACAAACGCAGCGGCAAUGGGUAACGGAAAAUCGACCACAUCCAAGGUGACCAAAACGGACAAAAAACCAUUUCGUCAUCUAACGGCAGUGCUGCUGUCGAAAAAUCUGUUCAAGCUAACCAACAAUCCUCCAACAAAGGAACCAUCACAAAGCUCCGAAAGCAAUGGAACGAUUAGUGCGGCUGAGUCUGGUACAGCAGCUAAAGCGAAUGGUACCAUGCCGCAAGAACAGGAUAUUAUGUGGAACGGUGACACUGCACUGAUACGUACAGCUCCGGCCUAUUCGUUCUACGCACCGGAAACACACAUCGCCAAGGGGUCAUUUAUUCUGCACACCUCGCGAGAUAUUUUGGAGUACCUGCAGCAGUGGCUAUCGGUGGCGUAUCCACUUUCGAAGCUGGAUUUUGUUGCCCUACCCGCACUGCUCGACGAUUUGUCCAGCUCGCUCGGGCUGAUCGUGUGCCGAACGUCGUUCCUGAACGAACCGACCGCCAUCUCGUCGAAGGAGUAUCACAUGUCGGUGGUAAAAAUUUCCGAAGGCAUCGUUAAGCAAUAUUUUGGCGGGCUCAUCUCUCCCAAAGCCUGGAAGCACAAAUGGCUCUGGGAGGGUCUGAUAAGGUACUUGAGCCGAUUUCUGUUGGCCACCAUUCAACCGCUAUGGCCGAUGAAGGAACUGUUUCUGAUCGACACGUUAACGAAAGCGUUGGACAUCGAUGCGCUGCAAGGCUGGGACAGUAUCAAUGCCGGUGCGAGCGAUUCCGGUAACAAUGAUCCGUUUUACGUGGAUAAAUCUGCGGCCCUCAUGUCGAUGCUGCAGUCCGCUAUUGGGGAGCGUAACUUUCGGCAGUGUUUGGGUAAGUUUCUGAAAACUUACCAGUUUCAAACGGCCGAACCGAGCGAUCUGUGGGCGAUCUGCGCGAAGCAGGUGAACAACAGCAAGUACGUGAAGGAAAUGAUGAACCAAUGGACCAAUGCGGCUGCCUUUCCGCUGCUGAACGUGACGAUGAACGGGACCAGUCUCAUUGUGAGACAGACCGCAUUCCGCCCGGCUGAGUACCUGGCAAUCUAUGACGAGCCGACGGAAGAGAUCGAACUGGAUGGAGAAGCGCCACGCACCACUACAACGACAACAACGGUUGCACCGACCGAUUCGACGGGCAGGAGCGUACACGAUGCAGGAUCGCGGUGGAUCUUUCCGAUUCAUUACAUCACGGAUGUGCUAAACACUAACGAAACAUCAAUCGAAAACAAGGAACAGCAAAGUUUAAUCAUCUGGCUGAAUUCGAGCGAAGUGAUAAUCACGCUUAACCAUACCGCCCAGUGGAUUAAACUAAAUCACGGUCAAACGGGAUACUAUCGUGUCCUAUACGAUGAAGCAAACUGGGCUAAACUGGUGGAGCAGAUGCAAAUCAACAAUGCCGUAUUUAGUACGCAGGACCGUGUCGGACUCGUUUCGGAUAUAUUUACCCUUUGCCACGCGAAUCUUAUACCAUGCCACGCAGCGAUGGAAUUAAUAUCGUACUUUCCGAAGGAAAAAGAAUGGGGUCCAAUCGUACUCGGCACAAGUCACCUGGAGAAGUGGAGGAAAAUACUUAAAUACUCCGAGUGCUACCUGGUGCUGGCCGAGUACGUGCGCCAAAAUUUGGAAAAAUCGAUUCAGAUGCUUGGCUGGGAAGACACCGGGGAGGAUGAAACGAAGCUUCUGCGCCCCGUUCUGAUGCUCAGUGCGGCACUCUGGGAGGAGGCGGAAACAAUCAAAUUUGCCAAGGGACUGGUGACCAACUUUACUACCCAUUCGAUACCGAUACCGCCUAAUCUGCGCUCGGUGGCCUACAUCGGUUCGGUGCUGUCCGGUGAAUUCCAGUACUGGCAGUUCUGCUGGGAUCGGUACAUGACGGUACGUCGCGAGAAAAGCUCCGUGCUGGAGGAGCGAAUGGAGUUGCUCCGUGCGCUGGGUGUUACGAAGGACGCAUGGCUACAGAACCGGCUGCUCUCGCACGUAAUCACACUUCCCGUGUUUGAGAUUGUUCAGGUGCUGGACGCGAUUGCCGGAACGCCUACCGGUGGUGCAAUGGCGUGUCGGUUUUUGCAGGCGAAAUGGUUCGAUUUCCAGUCAAAGCUUGGCCGUGGGACGGUACAGUUUGCUCGCGUUAUCUCCGCUAUCACGCAAUAUGGCUCCACAAAGUUCGAUUACGAUGAGCUAAAAUCAUUGGUGGAACGAUUCGGAGACGGUCCAGGCCUAAAGCUGCUUAACAUGACGCUCAGUACGGUGGCCGCUAACGUGGAGUGGGUGAGCCGCUCGCAAACAUCCAUAUACAGCUGGAUCGAGAGCAAAUAUCACUUCUGAUUAGAGCAGCAAGCAAUAGAGGAUGAGGAGGAAUAGAUUUCGUUUCUCUCGCAAUCCAACAUUUUUCAUCAACGCGCGGCAAUUUCUUUUUUCUUCUUCUACAUUAUUGAUAUUU